AUGGCACCAGAACGGGCAACUGCAUCAUGCUUCUGCGGUGCUGUCAAACUUGAAUUCCCCGUCGAAGGGGUAGAUCUCGUAGAUACGUUCAUUUGCAAUUGCACAGACUGCCGCACCAUCACUGCGUCGAUGUUCGCCUCAAACUUCAUCAUCAAGAACAGCAGCCUGAAGCAUCUCAGCGGCGAAGACAAACUCACGAAAUUCGCUCAAAGCCAGACCAUUGCCACUGGCAGUACCAUGGAGAACUCCUUCUGCUCUGUCUGUGGGACCCUGAUGUAUCGUCGUAGCUCUGGCUUUCCCACCAAUUCAGUCCUGAGGAUCGGGACCGUCGACGACUUUAACCUUCAUGACACGAAGCUGAAGCCCAGGAUUGAGCAGUUCACUAAGGAUCGGGUGGGUUGGUUCCAUGGUGGCGAGGGCGUGAAGCAGGUUGAAGGAAACUAUUAUACAGGAGGGAAGGAGUGGAAGGAUACAGGGAAACAUAAGAUGUAA